AACAAAUUCGUCUGCUUUGAAAAAGUGAAUGACACAGACCUUUUUCUUUCUGAGCGAAAAGAUAUUGGUGAAAUUUCAAUAGUUGUAGGUGAAGUAAUCCAGAGCGAAAGAAAGUUUACGGAUCCGCUUAUCUGCAUUUUAAAAAAAUGGAAAUAAUGUCACCUCAAACUUUCGAGGACCCCAGCACAAACGAAGAAGUACUUGAAGAUGAUGACGACGAAGGCUUCAUUUCCUUUGACAGUUCUAAGAUACCUACUUAUACAGUUAUGCUAGAAGAAGCAACUCGAGAAAAAUGCAAAACAAUUAUCAUUUGUGACGGAUUAGAAGCAACAGAUUUUGCCAAAAGCCAUCUUCCUCUGGUUGGUAGUCAACCUAUUGGGAAACUUGUGAAGCAAACACAGUUAGAUAAGUCUGAAGUUGAGAUUUGGGGAUUGCAAUAUAAGGAACCCGAACCAUCAUGGUUUUUUCAAAUCAAUGAUGAAACCUUGCUGUGCACCUGUAGCCCCACAAUUUCAUCAGAAGAUUUUUCGCUAUUUACUAAAACUGUGAUAACUAGUUUUAAUAGCACCAUGGCUGUGGUGGUAUUAACUGUAUCUGCUAUCACAAAUUACAAAAGGGAUGAUCAAGCAACCUGCACAGAGGCACCACUGAUAAGAACUUUAGCCAACUCAGCAUAUAACUCAAAUGGCUUUGUAAAAAACAUCAGACUUGAGCAGCCCAACAUAUUAGGAGGAGUGGCGGCAGGAAUUUUGACAGUAUGCGACAUAAGACAAAUCCCAGCCGUUGCAUGUGUCGCUUUUUCUUCCACUUUGGACGCAGACGUGGUAAAUGGGUUUACUACAUUCUUGCGCUCAGUCGAGUGUACUCAGCAACUACUAAUCAGCCCGACAAGACGCUUCCCAGCUCGUGACAAGUGCACCAAAACUGGUAAUUUAUACAUCUAAGCUGCCUUCAGGUAAUACACUACAUAUUGAACUUUA